UAGAUCAAGAGGUCUGCGGCGGCUUUGGGAAAAACACAGGGGAAGCAGCGGCUUUGGAAAAUAGCAGAAUGUUUUUGUUCUGAAGAAAGCUCCAUGUCUUUUGAAUGAAUUGGUCCUCAAUGCACUGAAUAAGAUGGAUUUUAAAAGCUAAUUACACCUAGUUGCAUCCUGAUGAGACUUCAGAUCACCAUAAGGAGAAAAGUCUCUAAAUCCUUCUUAAAAUGAUAUUAGCUACAAAGAAAUGAGAGCCAAACUCAUCAGAAGAGGCUGAGGUCACGGGAGAAAUGUCUUCAACAUCUGAAGGGAAGAUGAUUGUGAAAAUGGAGUUCAAACAAUGAGAUGUGAGAGCAAAAUAAAGAGACUUUCCAACCUGAGACGAUGCAGAAGAACGGAGUUCUGAACAUUGACCCAAGGAAGCGCCUUGAGCUGAAGGUAUAGUAUAUUAUUUACACUGAAGGAGCUCUUGUGUGGACAAGAAAGUGCUGACGGGCCAAAUGGAUCCCAUGGAACUGAGAAAUGUCAACAUGGAGCCCGACGAAGAGAGUAGCAGUGGAGAAAGUGUUCAAGACAGCUACACGGGGGUGGGCAGCUCCCAAAAGGCAGCCAUGAGCAGUCAAUUUGCUAAUGAAGAUGCUGAGAGUCAGAAAUUCCUAACAAAUGGAUUUUUGGGGGAAAAGAAGCUGGCUGGUUACUCCGAUGAGCAUCACCCCGGAACUACUUCGUUUGGAAUGUCCUCAUUCAACCUCAGUAAUGCCAUCAUGGGCAGUGGGAUCCUGGGCUUGUCCUACGCCAUGGCCAACACAGGGAUCGUUCUUUUUAUAAUCCUUCUGCUUACCGUGGCGAUAUUGUCGCUGUACUCAGUUCACCUUUUACUAAAGACAGCCAAGGAAGGAGGGUCUUUAAUUUAUGAAAAAUUAGGGGAAAAGGCAUUUGGAUGGCCUGGAAAAAUUGGAGCCUUUGUUUCCAUUACGAUGCAGAACAUUGGAGCCAUGUCAAGCUACCUCUUUAUCAUUAAAUACGAGCUACCUGAAGUAAUCAGAGCAUUCAUGGGACUUGAAGAAAAUACUGGGGAGUGGUACCUCAACGGCAACUACCUCGUUGUGUUUGUGUCUGUGGCCAUUAUCCUUCCACUUUCCCUUCUUAAAAAUUUAGGUUACCUUGGUUAUACCAGUGGAUUUUCUCUUACAUGCAUGGUGUUUUUUGUCAGUGUGGUGAUUUACAAAAAAUUUCAAAUACCCUGCCCUCUGCCUGUACUGGACCACAAUGUUGGAAAUCUGACAUUCAACGACACUCUUCCAAUGCACGUGAUAAUGUUGCCCAACAACUCGGAGAGCACUGGUGUGAACUUCAUGAUGGACUAUGCCCACCACAACCCUGCAGGGCUGGAUGAGAACCAGGCUAAGGGCUCUCUUCACGGCAGUGGAGUGGAGUACGAAGCGCACAGUGAUGACAAGUGUCAACCCAAAUACUUUGUAUUCAAUUCCCGGACGGCCUAUGCGAUCCCUAUCCUAGCGUUUGCUUUCGUGUGCCACCCUGAGGUACUUCCCAUCUACAGCGAACUGAAAGAUCGGUCCCGGAGGAAGAUGCAGACGGUGUCCAAUAUCUCCAUCACAGGGAUGCUUGUCAUGUACCUGCUCGCUGCCCUCUUUGGCUACCUGACCUUCUAUGGAGAAGUUGAAGAUGAGUUGCUUCAUGCUUACAGCAAAGUAUACACGUUUGACACCCCCCUCCUUAUGGUUCGCCUGGCCGUCCUGGUGGCUGUGACAUUGACUGUGCCCAUUGUCCUGUUUCCAAUUCGAACAUCGGUGAUCACCCUGCUGUUUCCCAAGAGGCCCUUCAGCUGGGUGAAACAUUUCCUCAUCGCCGCUGUGAUUAUCGCCCUCAAUAAUGUACUGGUCAUCCUUGUGCCCACUAUCAAAUACAUCUUUGGAUUCAUAGGGGCUUCCUCUGCCACUAUGCUGAUCUUCAUUCUUCCAGCAGCUUUUUAUCUCAAGCUUGUCAAGAAAGAACCUCUUAGGUCACCCCAAAAGGUUGGGGCUUUAAUCUUCCUCGUGACUGGGAUUAUCUUCGUGAUGGGAAGCAUGGCACUCAUUAUAAUUGACUGGAUUUACAACCCUCCGAAUUCCAAACAUCAUUAAUCCCAGGGAAAAGCUUUUCUAUUAGAAAUGGCUAAGAUUAUGCGCCAGAGGACAUUCUAGUUGCCGUGAUUAGAAUAUUAUUCGGAGGAAAUAACAGGACAAUUCCAAAGACAUUUACUAGAUGUAUCACCAGACACUUGUGGAAGAGAGAGUUGUGGUUUUGUCGAGAAUGUCUAUUGAUGCAUUAAAAGUCUGUGGUGCACAUUUUGACCCAAGUCUUCUAGAGCGGUGUAUGACGAUCAAGGUGUGUUUUUUGCUGCACUACAAGCAGAAUCUGGUUUGGCUGCAUAUCUUGGUUAGCAGACAAUAACCUUUGCCCAUGUCCACUCCCCACCCUUCACCACCCGAAAUUAACAAAUAAUUGUAUUCUCAGAACAUCAAACAAAAAUGCCCUGGUGGUAAAGCUAGCACCACUUCUGAUCCCCCCCCGCCCCACCAUCUUACUCCAGUGCUAGGGGUCUGUUGACUGACAGAGGCAGAGGCAGAGCAUGUGGACUGUCCUUGUGAGGUACAGGAAUGAUGUGUAUCCGUCUAGAGCAGUCGUUCUUAACACAAAAGUAGUAGUUUGCUAAACCUGCUUUCAACACUGAACUCGUGACUUUUUCAUUUGAUAGAUUUUCUUAAUGGUAAAUGUUAAAAUAUCUUACUAAAUGUGAGGGAGUUUUACUUAAAUUAUAGAGAAACAAUAAAAAAGGCUCAUAGCUAAACUGCCCAGUGCGGAAGCAUCUCCUUCUUCACGUUCUUAGUUUUUGUCACACUUUUGUCCUUGAACAAGGCUCUCCCUCUUGUCUUCCAUUCUCAUUAAUAACUUUCAGAAGCUCACAGUUCAUAUGGAGACAAACUCCCCAGGAUUGUUCAAUACAUUUUUAUCUGAUAAAUAUUCAGUGCAGGAACCUGUGAUUUUGCUAUGUUUGUGUAUAUAAUCUCAUUCAGUAGUCAUUGGACUGUCAGUAUCAAUGUAUGGUACGUUUGAUUUUCCUUUUUUACGUGUGCAGUUUUCUUCACAGUCAAGCAUUUAUAUUAUUGGGGUGGGGCAGGGAAUUCAGUUGGUGGGCUCAAAAGUCCAUUUGUACGUGUCUGCCUAUUGGAGAUAUUUAAAAUUUGAAACCAAAGUUAUACAUAGUUCAGUAAUGCUCUUCAGUGUUUACAAUGAUGUAAUCAUCGACAAGAAAGUUUUAAAGAAGAAGCUCUUUAUUUGUAAAUAAUUUUCAACACAAAGGUUGUUUUUUCUAGCAUGUCUACCAUAGGAUUUAGUUCAUUUUAGCUUGCAUAGGCAUUUGGUGACAUUCAUUUAUCAUUAAUAUAAUGUCAAGUGAUUAGAAAUAAAACACUAACACUGCAAAGGAAUACGGACUACUGUUCUUGUUCACCUCCUUAGGAUACUCAAACGGAAUGAGCUUCCCAGUUACUACUCGCUGCCUAGAACUUGUGGAGCUCACUGUUAGUUUUUUCAAGUCAGUAACAAGAAUAUGUCUUGUGUAUUUUACAUCUCAGUAAAGCUAAGCAUGAAAUUUAAGUGUCACACAAGUAAUGACGGCAUAAGUCAGAGUCUAACAGUCUUUUUCUGUAGUGAUACCUAAGAAAGUAUACAUUUGUUUGAUGUGUUAUUUUCUGGAGGCAAAAUUACUAUAAAGUGGCGUGUUUUGUUAUGGAAAUUGAGCAUUACUAGAAACUAUCAUAACUUUUAAGUUACUAUGAUUUGGAAAAAAAAAUCACUCAGCAGCAGCUUUUAAGAUGUCUGUCCAUUUUUAUCACCUAAAGAAUAUAUCAAGAAAGUAGAAAAGGUGUCUACGGAAUGUUAAGGGUGUUUAAUCUGAACAUAUUUAAAUGUAAAUAUUAAAGACUAAUCCAAAAUAUUGGAAACUGUAAAGUCUGUAUAUAUUUUGAAUAUUUUACAUUUAAAAUGACUGACUUGAAAAUAUCAGCACGUGUAAUGAUGUGAAAGUUCAAGAGCAAUACCACAGUGCCGGUAGUAAACACCAUUCUCUCUUGUGGCCACUUCCAGGUUUAGCGUUCAUGAAGACUGCAGGGCAGGCAUACACAUGGCACCUUGUUCUGGUUAAUUUAACCCCGUUUGUAAACAGAUACAAACUUUAUUUUCUUAUUUCAUUUAUAAGAUGGGUCAAUGUAUUGGGAGGCUUUUUUAUUAGAGAAAGUGUAUAUUGGUAUAUAAUAAAUGAACUUUUCAAAUGAC